UUUACAGAGUAUUCAAUUUUGUUUAAAAUCUAGAUCAUCUUCUGAAAUCUUUUAGUUUUAGAUUAUCCAUAGUUCGUUUGGGGUUACAAUGUUAAAUAAAAUGAUUAAUAUUUGAGAGCAUCUUCUGUAAUCAUUUACGUUUAAAGUAAAGUUUAAAAUUUGAUACGCUUGGUAAGUCAGAGACACAUAGACUUUUCAAGCGCAAUGCAACCAUUAGGAGCAAAGUUGAAGCUUCCAGGCAUACAAAAUACGGUUAGUUUGGGAAUUGCGAGCAUCGAAGUAGUUGUGCCUUGUGGACGAGAAUUGACUUCCCGGCAAGUGCUCGAGAAACUGUUCCUCGGAAAAGGAUUAAUCUUUAUAUGCACAUAUUUUUUGCUGGCAUUGCUGGAAUCAUUUGUCACAUCAAUUACAAAUUAUUUGGGUGGACGCGGAUUUCACAUUAGAUACUCGGGAUUGUUGCUGAAUUUGCGAGUAAUUCGCGGCUUUUUGGGAUAUGCGUCGCCAGAAGGACGUGCGAAUAGUGCAUCGAUGCGUCAAAUGGUGGUAAUGCUGACAUUAUCUGGGCUUAUACUCACGAGCUGGUUCAAUGCCGCCUUUAGCACAUUAUUCACCAAGCAUCUUGACUAUCAGCAUAUUGAGACAUUCGAACAGUUAGCGGAGAGUAAACUGUCUGUUCUUAUGGAUUGGAGUAUUCGAUAUCAUAUUGAAAAUUCGAACAAGAACAUUCCUCAUACUCUCUUCAUGCCACCGAGAGCGCAAAUAGAUGCAAUUUUUUCGCUGAACUCUAGCUUUGCCUAUAUAACUUUUUCCUAUAUAUGGAGCGCAGUUUACCAGAUGCAAGAAAUCGUGGAGCGUAGAAUUCUCUGCAAGGCAAAUGCUAUAGAUCUUGACAACCGUUUUCCGGUGGGUACAAUUGUGCAAACGAACUCUGUCUUUGGCCCUUCCUUAGAUAGAUUCAUAUUAAAUGCUCAAAGUUCAGGCUUGGAAAUGCAUUGGAAACGUAAAACUUUUGAGGAUAUUCUCUAUAAUAGUGCUCAUAUAAUGAAAAGCCGAGUCGAAGAAUCGAACAAUAAUUGGGAGCUAUGGAAAUUACAGUGGAAAUUAUUAUUUAUUGGACUGGGUAGCAGCUUAAUUGUUUUUAUUGGUGAGCUAGUUGUCUACUAUUGGCAAAAAUUUCGCUUGACACCAGCUUUUUAAGCUUUAUACAGAUACACAUAUGCUCAUAUUAUAAAUGCUUAUAUAUAGAAAUAUAAUACAUUGUUUGAGAAACUCUUUUAAUUGAUAUGUAAUAUUUAAUGAAAUAUCUAAA